AUGCGUCAUCCUAAACCAUCUACCUCAGAAACCAAGGAGACCCAUCCCUCAGAGACCCAGAUGGAGGGAGGACGUGGGCUGAGUGUCUGCAGCCAGCCCCCAUCACGUUCUGCCCUUCCAGAGUCUGCUCUGAAUUCAUUUUUGGCAUUGAAGGAAAUCCUGAGUAAGCCAGAAGCACAAUUAGGUCAGGGAAAGGGGGAGCCCAAGCUGGAGCUGAAAUAUGUUCACCCCAAGGCUGUGCAGGAGGUGAGAUCGCCCCAGGUGGGGGCUCUGGGUUGCCAUAAGGAAGGAAGUCUGCCACCCCUAGAGAGAAAGGAGCCAGGUGGGGAGGUGCGUCAAGAGGCCACCAUUGCAGUUGAUCGUCCAUCAAACAAUGGCCUCCGCCAUCUUGGGGUGGGAAGAAGAAGCAGCGAGGGGGAAAACAGAGGAGUCCACCUAAGGGAAGAGGAUUCUCUCCCAACUGCCCCCAAACAGGGCCCUGUUUCUUUGGGAGCAGCUGAUAAUCAGUCUACUGGUAAAAUUUCCCCAUGCCCAGCCAGGAAGUUUGGUGACAUGACACCUAGUAGCUUUUCACCAGGGGACAGUCACGUGGCUUCUGUUCCUGACAACCCAACUGAUGAUAGGUCCUCGGAUGUCAGUGAGGAGAAAAUGAGUCUGAGCAGUGAGAACAAGGGCAGUGCUAUGGCUUUGGCAUCAGAGCCUUCCACCGGAGAGAGCAAGAUGGAGGUCCCCCUGGACCCUCAGAGCAGCAACUCAGAAGCAAGAGAAAGCCAAGAGAUCACUGCACCUCUUGCUGAAAACAGGAACCGUCUGGAGAAUGCAGCUAAGACGGAAAGCACCUCAGCCAGAGCAGAUUUGGUCCUCAGUGUCCCAGCACUCCUCCACCCAGAGACAGCUGUGAACAUGUCCCACCAGCCUGCAACACCCAGUAGCAGUUUUCAGGACGUUAGAGUGUUCAGUGUGGAUGCAGAGUCACCCUCGGUGGUUCCACCCCCGAGAGACAGCGCACCGUUGUCGAACAUGUCCCCGAAAGUGCCUGACAAGAACACCUGCCCCAGUGGGAUCCCCAAGCCUCUCUUCACACACCCCAAGGACACGCCUUCCUCACAGGAGGGAAUAGAGAAGCACCAGGUUGAAAAAGCAGAAGAAAGGACAGAAACCAAGCCCAUCAUCAUGCCCAAACCCAAGCAUGUGAGACCCAAGAUCAUCACCUACAUCAGGAGAAGUCCACAGGCCCUGGGCCAGGUGGACGCUUCACUGGUUCCCAUGGGACUUCCAUAUGCCCCACCCACGUGCGGCAUGCCCCUCCCCCAGGAGGAGAAGGCAGCAAGUGGUGACCCGAAGUCAUCGGCCAACCUCUACGAGAAAUUCAAGCCAGACUUGCAGAAGCCAAGAGUCUUCAGUUCUGGAUUGAUGGUGUCAGGGAUCAAGCCCCCGGGACAUCAUUUCAGUCAAAUGAGCGAAAAGUUUUUGCAGGAGGUGACAGACCACCCUGGAAAAGAAGAGUUUUGUUCUCCUCCCUACGCUCAUUACGAAGUCCCUCCGACUUUCUACCGCUCGGCCAUGGUCCUUAAACCCCAGUUGGGAUUGGGUGCAAUGUCCCGCUUGCCAUCUGCAAAGAGCAGGAUUCUGAUCGCGAGUCAGAGGUCUUCCACGAGUGCCAUCCACCCCCCAGGGCCCAUCACAACUGCUGCCAGCCUCUGCAGUUCUGAUCCUUCAGCAGAUUUAAAGAAAGCCUCCAGUUCAAAUGCUGCAAAAUCCAAUCUUCCGAAAUCUGGGCUCCGUCCUCCUGGGUACUCUCGUCUCCCAGCAGCCAAGCUGGCGGCGUUUGGCUUUGUGCGGAGUUCCAGCGUGUCCUCGGUCUCCAGUACCCAGUCCACGGACAGCACGCAGCCGGAGCAGAGCCGACAAGCCAUGCGUUCGACCUUUGGGAAUGAAGAACAGCCAGUUCUGAAGGCAGUUCUGUCUUCUAAAGACACACCCAAGGGGGCCAGCCGGGUAGCCCCUCCAGCGUCUGCCAGCGUAACAGCACCCCGCAGGAGCUUGCUUCCAGCGCCAAAAUCCACUUCCACACCUGCUG